UGUGACUUUUAAAAAGGCUGUCAUUUGUGGCGAAAGACAUUUAAAUCACUCUUUGUUUUCAGUUUUCAAAUCAAUUGUCGAUUCAAUUCGCGGACCAAUUGUGUGGUGACAGUAGACAUGGGGGACAUUGAGUUGGACCAACGAUUGCGUGACAUUCAGGCGCAAUACCUCGACUUCUUGGACGAUGACUCAGAUCAGGGCGUGUACUCGGAUGCGACCAAAGCGAUGAUCAAAGCCAACGAGUGUCGGAUCGUUGUGGACAUCAAUGACUUGCGGCGAAAACUGCCCGAAAGAGUGCACCAAUUGCUGAACAAUUCGGUCGAAGAGAUAAUAGCCAUCCAAAGGGCGCUCAAGGAGUUCGUGACCAACACUAACGCCGAGUACUCGAAACAGUACUCCGAGUUCUUCGUGGGCUUUGAGGGCAGCUUCGGCUCGAAACACGUGACGCCCCGCACGUUGUCGUCGCGACAGUUGGGCUCUAUUGUGGCCGUUGAGGGCAUUGUGACGAAGUGCUCACUCGUGAGGCCAAAAGUGGUGCGAAGUGUCCACUACUGUCCCGCAACCAAGAAGACCAUUGAGCGCAAGUAUACGGAUCUCACGUCUUUCGACGCCUUCCCCUCGAGUUCAGUGUAUCCGACCAAAGAUGAAGACGGAAACCUCUUGGAGACUGAGUUCGGGCUAUCGGUCUAUAAAGACCACCAGACGUUCACCAUUCAGGAGAUGCCCGAGAAGGCACCGGCCGGUCAACUGCCCCGCGCUGUCGACAUCAUUGUCGACAACGAUUUGGUCGAUCAGUGCAAACCUGGCGAUAGGAUUCAAGUGGUCGGCAGUUACCGGUGUCUGCCAUCAAAACAGGGUUAUUAUACGAACGGCACGUUUCGCACUGUAAUGCUGUCCACGAAUGUAAACCUAUUGUCUAAAGAGGUUUCCACUGAUAUAACGCCCGAAGACUUCAACAAAUGCAAGAAAUUCAGUCGUCAGAGAGGGAAAGACGAUGUCUUUGAAAUACUGGCGCGAUCUCUGGCGCCGUCCAUCUAUGGCCACGAGUACAUCAAAAAGGCAUUGCUUUGUAUGCUUUUGGGUGGACUCGAAAAGGUGUUGCCGAAUGGCACUCGACUUCGAGGUGACAUAAACAUUCUCCUCAUCGGUGACCCAUCGGUAUCCAAGUCUCAACUCUUGAGAUAUGUGUUGAACUGUGCGCCCAGAGCUGUGGCCACAACAGGUCGCGGCUCUUCAGGAGUAGGUCUGACGGCUGCCGUCACCACAGAUGGCGAGACCGGCGAUCGCAGACUAGAGGCCGGAGCUAUGGUUUUGGCCGAUAGGGGAGUGGUUUGUAUCGAUGAGUUCGAUAAGAUGGCGGACAUCGACAGGACAGCCAUUCACGAGGUCAUGGAGCAGGGAAGGGUCACCAUCACUAAGGCUGGCAUUCACGCCAAACUUAACGCUCGUUGCUCUGUGUUGGCCGCCGCUAACCCUGUUUAUGGACGGUACGAUCAAUACAAGACUCCGAUGGAGAACAUUGGACUCCAAGACUCGCUGUUAUCACGUUUCGACUUAUUGUUCAUUAUGUUAGACAAAAAUGAUGUCCAAACCGACACUUUAAUCAGUGAUCACGUCGUCCGCAUUCAUCGCUAUAGAGCUCCGGGAGAACAGGACGGAGAGCCACUUCCAAUCAUGAGUAACGCCGAGUUCUUAUCGACGCGAGACUCGGAGGCUUUGGACAAAGAGGACGGAGAGACCCCUAUCUAUGAGAAAUACGACGCUUUGCUUCACGGGAACCGAAAUAAAUCCGAUAAGAUCGUAAGCAUUCAAUUCAUGAAGAAAUACAUUCACAUCGCGAAAGCCAUUAAACCGAAGCUCACGAAAGAGUCGUGUGAACUGAUCGCUGAGGAGUACACCAAACUUCGCUCCCAAGAGACAGACCAGGCGGAUGUGGCCCGGACCCAACCCGUAACGGCUCGAACACUGGAAACGCUGAUUCGUUUGGCGACGGCUCACGCGAGGGCUCGGCUCUCGAAUAAAGUGGAGAUACAGGACGCGAACACUGCCGUCGAAUUGGUUCAGUUCGCUAUCUUCAAGACUGUGUUGAGUAAACCCAAGAAGAGGAAGAGGGAGGACGAGGAGGCGAUCGAUGAGGAGUCCGAAGAGGAGGAGGACAUGGAUGUGGACGAAGAGCCGGCGCCCAGAUCUCAGCAAAAGAGAAGCGUCAAGAGAGAGCGUACGGGAGACGACCCCUACGAGUUCGAUGAGGAGGAGGUGGAGGAGCCGGAGGUGCGACCCGUCACCAAACGGUCGCAACCGAGUGCUGAGUCUACUCUACCCAGACUUAGUGAUGAACGGCUCAAACAGUUCCGAUCCUUUUUGUCCAAAGAGUUCCGCAAAACAAACGCACAGUCAAUGCCUGUCCAACAGAUAUACGACUCGGCCCUCAAGGAAAAGGAGCUCAACUUCACCCGAGAGGAGGUCGAGUCGGCGCUCAAUACUAUGCAAAACGAAUUCAACCAAAUCUUCGUCUCCAAUGACAUCAUUAUUUUAGUCUAAAAUUCUUAUAUUUUUAAUUCAUUUAUAAUUUUUUGAUAACCAC